UAAUAUAGUUUCACUAUAUGAUAUAACAGACAAUAUAAAAGCCCACUACAAUUCCAAACCAAAUCAUUAGUCCAAUUUUCAAUUUCGAACUAAAGUGUUUAAGAUGAAAUUUGUAACGAACUCUGUUGUCUUUCUAGUACUGCUCUUCGGAGUUUGCCAGGCAAGUGUCAUACCAGCUAUGAAAUCAGAAGAUGGAAAUGUUUCCGCAUGCCAACAGAAGUACCAACCACUCCUCACUGAAUUCUCGACACUAAAAGAGGAAGCAACACAACAUAUGGUCGACUGUUUUCAUGGAGGAAACAAAAUGUCGUGUUUGAAGAGUUAUGCACCCAUUUUUGCCGCGAUCAACACACGCAUAGAGGUGGUAGAUGCCAAAAUUAACUACUGUUUGAAAACUGGAGUCGAUAAGGAACCCACACCCUCUGCACGCUUUAACACUGCAACUAGCAGUACAACCGGCGGUGACGGCCCUCUCGAUUGCAAGAAAACUUAUAAACUCCAACUUGCUUACUUCAUGUCCAUGGACAAAAAUGCCACUAACCAAAUGAUCGACUGCAUGUUUGAAGGCAAUACACAAUCGGUGUGCUCGGAGAAAUUUGUACACAUUAAAAAUGAGAUCAAUUCCGGCAUCUUAGCUAUAAACAAAGAACUUUCAAUUUGCUUGAAAGAGGCUAGUGUUGUCAGUUUUUAAUUUCAACGAACAACGAACGAAAUUUUCUGUAAUUUUUUUGCUUCUAAUAUUUCCUUUCAUUUCAUUUAAAAUAAUAAAAAAUAUAUUUGAAUAAUUA